AUGGCUGUGAUCAGUUUUGGUUCAACAACCACACUAGAAGCUGGUCAACGUCGUUCAAAUGCAUGUUCAUUACCCUUACAUUAUAUACAAAUAUUAGGAAUAAUUGUUAUCAUAUUUCUUAUUUUAAUGAAUUAUUUAACAUUAUGUGUUAAUAUUCCAACACAUCCUUGGCAAUGGUUAAGUAUUGUUAUAUCAUCAAUAAUUAUUCUCCCAUUUUUAAUUGCUUUCAUUAUAAUAUCAUUUUUGGAUCCAGCUGAAGAUGCAGUAAUAGAUCAAAGUCGUGGACCGAAAGCUAAUUUUGAUCGUCAUAUGCAUCAACAUGUUAUAACAAAUCUUUAUUGUAAUAUAUGUGAAGUACAUGUUACAACUAAUGCAAAACAUUGUUCAUCAUGUAAUAAAUGCAUUUAUUCAUUUGAUCAUCAUUGUAUAUGGCUUAAUACAUGUGUUGGAGGAAAAAAUUAUCGCCUGUUUUUUUCGAUGUUAAUAUUAGUUGUUGUGGGAACAUUAUUUGUAUUUAUAAAUAGUUUACUUCAAUUUAUUGGUACAUUUCAAGAUACAUCGUCAAAAUUAAGUUUAAAACCAUAUUAUAGUUUAGAUCAAUAUGCUAUAUUAAUGAUUCCAUCAUCAAAAAUUGCAUUUCAAGUUAUAUCAGCCAUUAUUUCAUUUAUCUCUCUUGUUGCUUGUGGAAUGGCUGGAUAUCUUCUUGCUUUUCAUAUUUAUUUAUGUUAUAAUCAUAUAACAACAUAUGAUUUUGUCAUUAGUCGACGACAUCAUCGUACAGUUGAUGAAACUAUAUUACAAUUUAAUCAAUUAAGUCGAAAUCAGAAUAGUGUAUCAACAGAAACAACAAGACACUCGUCAAAUUUAUCAAAACUUUUUCCUCUAAAGAGGAAAAAAAAUAAUCGAGUUGCAAUAACAAAAGAAGAUGGUCAUAAUACAUCUAAUGAAUCCAAUCAAAAUCAAAAUGGACAAAUUUUUACUAUUGAAGGACAUAAUAUGUCACAAAAUCAAUUAGUUCUCUUAGAUGCUAUUGAAAAAGGACACACUUCAAUCGUACUUAAACUUCUACGAAAUCAUAUUGAUUUAAAUAUCAAAGAUAUUUAUGGAAGAACACCAUUAAUGAUUGCAGCUAAAAACGGUCGAAAUGAUAUUGUCAAAAUUUUAUUAGAACAUAUAGGAACAAAAAAUAUUGAAGUUGAUCACGGUGGAAAGACAGCGUUACAUUAUGCAGCUGAAAAUUCAGAAUUAUCUGUGGUAAAAAUCCUGUCUAAACAUCAAGCAGUAUCGAUUACCAUGACAACAGCACAAACAAAACUUUUACCACUUGAUUAUGUUCUUGGUAAUGAUAAUGUUUAUCCAUUAUUGAAUAAAUAUACUCAAGGUGGACAAGUGAGUGCUGGUGAAACAGAUAACGAUGAUGAUAAUGUACCAAAAGCUGGAAUUUAUAUAAAAACGAAAAAGAAAAGUGGUGGUAAGAAGAAGAAAGACGGCUCAAAAAAGAAAAAGAAAGGUGGAAAAAAGAAAAAAUAG